UUUCGGAGUGGAAUUCUCCUGUCUCUGAUCUGAACAUAAAAAACGUCAUUGGGGCAAGAUGGCGGGUGUCAUAACUCGCUGUGUUUCGGUGUCCGGACGACAAUUAAAGUGUCUGGGACCAGCGUUGACCACCCAACAAACCCGAAAAUUGGCUGAUGCUGCACCCGAAGGAAAGAAAUGUGGAGCCCCCCUUCACGAUCAGGAUCGUAUAUUCACGAAUCUUUAUGGUCGACACGAUUGGAGGCUGAAGGGUGCCCUGAAGCGAGGUGACUGGUACAAAACCAAAGCAAUUCUCGAUAAAGGGUCGGACUGGAUAAUAAAUGAGAUCAAAGUAUCGGGUCUCCGUGGUCGCGGUGGGGCUGGAUUUCCAUCUGGAAUGAAAUGGUCAUUUAUGCAAAAGCCAUCGGAUGGCAGGCCCAAGUAUCUCGUCGUCAAUGCUGACGAGGGUGAGCCAGGCACGUGCAAAGAUCGUGAAAUUAUGCGCCACGAUCCCCAUAAACUUGUCGAGGGUUGUUUAAUUGCUGGACGUGCCAUGGGGGCUUGUGCAGCCUACAUUUACAUUCGUGGAGAGUUCUAUAAUGAGGCAUCGAACAUGCAGGUAGCCAUUGCCGAGGCUUAUCAGGCUGGCUUAAUUGGCAAAAAUUCAUGUGGUACUGGAUAUGAUUUUGAUAUUUUCGUUCAACGUGGAGCUGGUGCUUACAUAUGUGGUGAGGAGACUGCGCUGAUUGAGAGUAUCGAGGGAAAACAGGGAAAGCCCAGGCUGAAACCACCAUUUCCUGCUGAUGUCGGCCUCUUCGGGUGUCCCACUACGGUUACUAAUGUGGAAACUGUUGCUGUAUCACCGACUAUUUGUCGUCGUGGAGGUACCUGGUUCGCUAGCUUCGGCCGGCCUCGUAAUCAUGGUACCAAACUAUUCAACAUCUCAGGUCACGUAAACAAUCCAUGCACUGUGGAGGAGGAGAUGUCGAUACCACUGAAGGAACUCAUUGAGAGACACGCCGGUGGUGUAAUUGGGGGCUGGGACAAUCUUCUCGGUGUUAUUCCCGGUGGAUCCUCUACGCCCAUCAUUCCAAAAAGCACCUGUGACACAGUGCUCAUGGACUUCGAUGACCUCGUCAGGGUGCAGAGCUCGUUCGGAACGGCUGCUGUUAUCGUGAUGAACAAACAGACGGACGUAAUCAAGGCGAUCGCUCGCCUCAUCAGCUUCUACAAACACGAGUCGUGUGGUCAAUGCACUCCUUGCCGCGAGGGUAUAAGUUGGAUGUACAAAAUAAUGAGCCGAUUUGUCGAGGGUAACGCGGAGGAGCAUGAAAUAGAUAUGCUGUGGGAGCUGACGAAGCAGAUCGAACUCCACACUAUCUGCGCCCUAGCCGAUGGUGCAGCCUGGCCAGUCCAAGGUCUAAUCCGUCACUUCAGGCCAGUUAUCGAGGAGAGAAUUCAAACUUUCAAGCAACGCGCUUGCAACUAAACUCCUAGUACAACACUGUUAAAAAUUUCAUUUGAAUUAUACCAUUCAGUGGAAAUUCAAGAAAAUCAAGGAAAUGAUUUUUCUUCUGGA